ACUCGCUAAAUGAUUAUAAGCCACCCAUUUCUAAAGCCAAAAUGACACAGAUCACCAAGGCAGCAAUCAAGGCUAUAAAGUUCUACAAGCAUGUUGUACAGAGUGUUGAGAAGUUCAUUCAGAAGUGCAAACCAGAAUACAAAGUACCUGGUCUGUACGUCAUUGACUCCAUUGUGAGACAGUCCCGACAUCAGUUUGGACAAGAAAAGGAUGUGUUUGCUCCAAGAUUCAGUAAUAACAUCAUCAGCACUUUCCAGAACUUGUACCGUUGUCCUGGGGAUGACAAGAGUAAAAUUGUUAGAGUGCUAAAUUUAUGGCAGAAGAAUAAUGUGUUCAAGAGUGAAAUUAUUCAGCCUCUCUUGGAUAUGGCAGCAGGAAUUCCUCCUCCUGUUGUGACCCCAGUCUUGCCCACCACUACAGCUGCUAUGAGCAACAAUACACCAGGAACACCUGUGACUCCAGUUACUCCAGCCAAUGUGGUACAGAGUUUACCUGAUCCUUGGGUGUCUCAGAUUGCUAAUACAGAUACUCUUGCUGCUGUUGCACAGAUUUUACAGAGUCCUCAAGGCCAGCAGCUUCAGCAGUUGAUACAGACACUGCAGAUACAACAGCAAAAACCUCAGCCAUCGCUACUUCAAGCCCUGGAUGCUGGUCUUGUCGUUCAGUUACAGGCCCUUACAGCACAACUUACAGCUGCAGCUGCUGCUGCUAACACACUUAAUCCACUGGAACAGAGUGUCUCUUUUAAUAAGAAGCUGAUGGACAGGUUUGAUUUUGGGGAAGAACCUGAACAAAAUGAAGAGCCUAAAAAGGAAACUCCCACUUCCCAACUGCCUUUAGUACCAGAAUCUGUGAACAACUCACUGUUUCACCAACUAGCUGAACAGCUACAGCAACAAAAUUUAGAACAUCUCAGACAACAGCUUCUAGAGCAACAGCAGCCUCAAAAGGCAAGCCCUGAGGAGAAUCAAGAAGGAAAUUUUGGUUCAGAGCACUCUGCAUCACCAUCACAAGGGAGUAGUCAACAGCAGUUUUUAGAAGUAGAAACAAAUGUAGAUGAUUCAAUGGAUAUUCAACAACAGGACAUGGAUAUAGAUGAAGGACAGGAUGUUGCUGAAGAAGUUUUUGAACAAGAGGAGAAGAAGUCAGCUGUUCGUUCAAGAUCAAGAACACGUUCAAGAUCUCGUUCAAGGUCACCAAGAAAACGAAGGUCUAGAUCACGGUCUGGUUCUCGCAAGCGUAAGCACCGGAAACGUUCACGAUCAAGAUCAAGAGAAAGGAAGAGAAAGUCAUCUCGAUCAUAUUCUAGUGAAAGAAGGGCUAGGGAAAGGGAAAAAGAACGGCAGAAAAAGGGACUGCCUCCUAUACGGUCAAAAACACUAAGUGUUUGCAGUACUACUCUUUGGGUAGGUCAAGUAGACAAGAAGGCUACACAGCAAGAUUUAACUAACUUGUUUGAAGAAUUUGGACAAAUAGAGUCAAUUAAUAUGAUUCCACCAAGAGGUUGUGCUUAUGUCUGUAUGGUUCAUAGACAAGAUGCAUAUCGUGCUCUUCAGAAACUUAGUUCUGGGUCCUAUAAAAUUGGAUCUAAAAUUAUUAAGAUUGCCUGGGCUUUGAAUAAAGGUGUGAAAACAGAAUACAAGCAAUUCUGGGAUGUGGAUCUGGGAGUUUCAUAUAUUCCUUGGGAGAAAGUAAAAUUGGAUGAUUUGGAUGGCUUUGCUGAAGGUGGCAUGAUUGACCAGGAGACAGUAAAUACAGAAUGGGAAACAGCCAGAAGCUCAGAAUCAGCUAAAGAAAAUACUCAAACUACGCAAAGUGCUGCAGUUGAUAAGAGUACAGUUAUUACAACACAGACAGAAGCUUACACACAACCAGUCACUAUGCUGCAGAUUCCAGUAGCUCCGGCUGUGCCCGCUGUUAGCUUGGUUCCACCUGCAUUUCCUGUCACAAUGUCUGUCCCUCCUCCUGGCUAUAGCGCAAUUCCUCCUCCUCCCUUCUUGCGGGCAAGUUUCAACCCUUCACAACCACCUCCAGGUUAUAUGCCUCCCCCAGUUCCACCUGUGGUCCCACCACCUGUUGUCCCACCACCUGUUGUCCCACCAGUUGUUCCAACACCUUUAGUACAGCCUCCAUUACCAAUUGCACAAGAGACAAUGAAGGAUGUUCCCUUUACUAGCCUUGUUCUACCAGUUGGUACAGUUACUAGCAAUUUAGCUACUCCAACGUUAUCUGCUGGAACUGUUUUUAACCCUCUGCCUAUCAACAAACCAGAAGCAGAUGAAAAGGGAUCACAUGUUACAGACCUUCAGAUUCCUUCCAGUGAAAACAAUAGAUCUGUGCAAAGCGAUGUCUCGAGUAGCUCUGGACUUGUUGGAGGAGUGCAGCCACCCAGUGUUUCAAGCAGUUCUGGGCUUACUGGAGAAGGGCAACCACCCAUUGUCUCAAGUAGCUCUGGACUUGCAGGGGGAGUACAGCCACCCAGUGUUUCAAGCAACUCUGGACUUGUAGGAGGAGUGCAACCACCAACUGUUUCAAGCAGUUCUGGUCUGGGAGGAGGAGUGCAGCUACCUGCUGUCUCCAGUAGCUCUUCUCUUGCUGGUGGAGUUCAGCCAGCCAGCAUCCCAAGCAGCUCUGGACUUAUGGCUGGAGUGCCACCACCAAAUGUAUCAAGUAGCUCAGGGCUUCUAGCUGGAGUGCAUCCGCCCAGUGUCUCAAGCAGCCCUGGCCUUCUGACAGGAAUGCAGCCACCCAGUGUCUCAAGCAGCUCAGGAGUUCUGGCAGGAGUACAGCCACCAAGUGUCUCAAGCAACUCUGGGCUUCUCUUAAUGCCACCACCCAGUGUUGCAAGUAGUUCUGGACUUAUUGGAGUGCCACCACCAAAUAUUUCAAAUAGUUCUGGACUUCUGGCAAUGCAGCAUCCAGCUGGAGUUCAAAAUAUGCCUCAUUUAAAUAUUAAUAGUCAAAGGAUGCCGGGAAUGCCUCUCAUAGAUAUUCGUCCAGGCCUAAUGCCCCAUUCACCUGGACCAAGAUUUCCAUUAGGAAUGCCACCUCAGCGUAGUAUUCCUCCUCCGGCAAUUCUUGAUCCAUCUCUUCACCCACCACCUCGAGGUCCUUUUCCUCCAGGAGAUAUUUUUAACCAAACAGAAAGACCUUUUGGAACGCCAGGAAGACAAAAUAUUGAUAGCAUUUCUCGCUUUCCUCCAGUGGAAAACCGAGAUAAUCUGAACAGACCAUCUACAGUGGAUGUCAGAGAUUCUGUUGGACGACCACCAGUUGAUCCAAGAGAGGGGAUAGGAAGGCCUCCAGUAGAUGGCAGAGAACACUUUGCAAGACCACAUGUAGACAUGAGAGAAAAUUUUGGAAGACCAGGUAUAGAUAACCUUGGUCGAAGAGAGCAUUUUGGUUUCAAUUCAGACAAGCACUGGGGACAGAGAGGAGAUUAUGAUGAAAGAGAACACCAUGCCUUCCCAAUUUAUGGUGGCCCUAAAGGCUUCCAUGAAGACAGAGAGAGAUUUCGGCAUGUAAACUAUAGGUUUGAUAGUAGAAGCGGUCCCAAUUGGAACAGAGGAUUUGAACAAGAUGCUCACAGAGAUUUUGAUGACCGCAGAAGACCCUGGGAAAGACAGAGGGAUAGGGAUGACAGAGAUUUUAAUUUUUGCAGAGAAAUUAAUGGAAACAGGUUUGGAAGAGACAGAAUGUCAAACAACUGGAUCCCCCCUCCACAUCCACGGGUGUUUGAAUAUUUUGAUGGGGCCACUUCCCAACGCAAAGCUGAUAACAUGCCCCAGGUGAAUGGUGAAAAUACAGAGACAGAAAGCCAGCCACCAACUGCACAGGUGCAGGAUGAUCCAGAACUUUAUGAAAAACUGGCAUCUUCCGUCGAGAUAAACAAAGAGAAGAGUGACACAGAAGCUGAUAUAGAAAGUGAACCAGUGGUAGAAAGCACAGAAACUGAGGGGACAUAAUCAUCACUCAGUAGGUAAAAGAUACCUUUUGUAAAGUUGUCAUCUCUCUGUAAUAGAUAAAUGGCUGACUGGACCGUAGCAGUUCACUUUUGUCUGCCAGAAUUAAGUUAAUCUGAUGUUCAUGUUCAUCUUUCACUUAAAUAACUGUACAACUGACUUGUAUAGAACACUGUUCUUAAUUUGAACAUGGUAGGUAAACUUUUUUUUUUUAAUUUCCCUGGUAAAGCAUAAACUUGACCCCACUUGCUUUUAAUUCCACAAAGAUAACAGCUUGUCAAACAAAGACUUCCUAUGGAAGAAAAUGGAAUUUUUUAGAUACUACCCUUAGGUUGGCUAUCGAAAUUGUUAUACUUGAAAACAGGUGCUGGUGUAUCUUGUCCGUGUUUUUAGGCUGCUGCAGAAUUUUAAAGUAUAGACAAAGCUGUGACAUUUUAUGUUCCUACAAUUCGGCAUAAAAAUGGCCCAUGUUAUUUAAGGAGCAUAACACAGAGAUUAAAAGUGAUUUUGUAAAAUCUACACUAUAGUCUCUGUUUUCUCUAAAGUAAGUGUUCGUGAUUUGUUCCUCGUACUGCAGUGGGUUUAAAAAAAAAUAUGAAAAAAUACAUUUUAAUGUUGGGUGCAUUUUGUUUUUAGAUGCCAAUAAAGCAUAUUUGUU